AUGACUCAAGAACCCACGACUGCGCCGAUCCCAUGGACGACGAUCGGCAUGGUCGUCGCAUGGUACGGCUCCAACAUCGGCGUUCUUCUCCUCAACAAGUACUUGCUCACAAACUACGGCUUCAAGUACCCGAUUUUCCUCACCCUCUGCCACAUGACAGCCUGUACGCUGUUCAGCUACAUCGCCAUAGCUCUGAUGAAGGUGGUUCCUCUGCAGACCGUGAAGUCCAAGGUACAGUUUGCGAAGAUCUCGGGGCUCAGUGUCGUUUUCUGCUUCUCCGUCGUUUGUGGAAACGUGUCGUUGAGGUACCUUCCUGUGUCGUUUAAUCAGGCCAUUGGCGCCACCACUCCCCUCUUUACCGCCGUUUUUGCGUUUUUUAUCAUCAAGAAGAGGGAAGCCUGGCUUACUUACACCACCCUCAUUCCUGUUGUUACAGGUGUCAUCAUUGCUAGUGGGGGUGAACCAAGCUUCCAUCUUUUUGGGUUUAUUAUGUGUGUUACAGCUACAGCUGCAAGGGCAUUCAAGUCAGUACUUCAGGAAAUUUUGCUUUCCUCUGAAGGGGAAAGGCUGAACUCGAUGAACUUGCUGCUGUACAUGGCGCCAAUCGCUGUAACGUGCUUGCUUCCUGCAACCCUGAUGAUGGAGGAAAAUGUGGUUGGGAUCACAAUAGACCUUGCUAGAAAAGAUGUCAAACUUAUUUGGUACCUCUUCUUCAAUUCUUCUCUGGCAUAUUUCGUCAACUUGACCAAUUUCCUCGUCACCAAACACACCAGCGCUUUGACCCUCCAGGUGCUGGGGAAUGCCAAAGGGGCAGUUGCUGUGGUUGUCUCGAUUCUGAUAUUUAAAAAUCCGGUGUCGUUAAUGGGAAUGGUGGGCUAUGCUCUCACUGUUCUUGGAGUUAUUUUGUACAGUGAAGCCAAGAAGAGGCAUAGUUGA